CCAUGAGAAUAGUCGUUUUGAAUAUUUUUAUCUUGGUACUUCUGUACUGGACCGAAGGCUUUCCAGCCCCAACAUAUACUACGAAGUAUGACGACGUCAACUUGGACGAAGUUUUGGCGAGUGAGCGCUUAUUAACUGGAUACGUUAACUGUCUUCUCGACCUAGGACCUUGUACACCCGAUGGCAAGGAAUUAAAAAAAAAUUUGCCGGAUGCCAUAGCCAACGACUGCAAGAGUUGCACUGAACGACAACGCGAGGGCGCUAACAAGGUGAUGCACCAUAUCAUCGACAACCGACCUGAUGACUGGGACAAGCUUGAACAAAAAUAUAAAUCUGAUGGUAGUUACAAAAAACAGUACUUGGAAAGCAAACUCAAGAGAAGUAAUGUUGAAGAAGAAAAAGAACAAUCUCAAGAAAGCAGCACCGAAAAGGAAAAUGACGAAUGAAUAAAUGGAAAAUGGAUUCAUCUUUGUGUCGUAUUUAUAACAAAUGGGAAAUCUAUUUAAUCGUC